AUGGAAUCAAUAGUUAAAGAUUGUAUAUCGAAUAUAACAGGUGUUUGUAGAAUAUGUAAUCAAAAGAUAUCAUCUUAUGAUGACGAUGACGAUAUACAUCAACAAUCAAUGAUCAAUCAUUAUUUAGAUUGUAUCGAUUCAUUUAAAUCGGUAUUGUUAAAUAUCAAUAAUAGUCGUAAACAUGUCGAUCAUGAUCAUCAAGAUAGUAAUAUUAGUAGUAGUUCAAGAAAGAGAAAGAAGAUUAAAUCAUCCUCGAUAUCUGAACCACCUACAUCAACAAAUCAUUAUUUAUCAAUGAUAUCAAUAUUACAUCGUGAAGAUCAUAAUAAAAGUGUAAUGAGUCUAUUGAUGACUUGUAAAGAUGCUAUGAAAUGGAAGGAUACCGUUGUAUUCCCAGGAUUACCUUCUAUUAACACGAUAGAAUCAUACAAGAAGAAUAAAAGAAUUAAACAACUACCAAAAAGAUACUAUAGAGUCGAUAUCAAGAGUGUUAGAGAUCGAGAGUACUUCAAAAAGAAUGUCGAUGGUUUAAUCAAUCACCAUUGUAGAGAACUCAGACAUUUCUGUGGUGAUGAUACAAUACCAGCUGGAUUCAUACCAAAUCACUUUACAAAGAUUCAAGUUUUUGGAAAGAUAGAAGUUGGAUCACUACCCCCAUUUACAACUCAUCUCUAUCUUGGGUCACACCGUCACCAACAAGAGAUAUAUCGAAAACUGUUUCCAGAUACAAUAGAGGUACUCGAUAUCAUCAAUGGAGUGAUUUGUAAACAAUCAAACAUUAAUGAUCUCUUGCCACACAAUAUCAGGACACUUCGAAUGACAUCCAAUUUAGUUCAUCCCUAUCUAUUUAAACUCAAGAAACUAUAUAGUCUCACCAUUAUGAACGAAAAACAAGAGGAAGAUGACAUUAAUAAUGGCCAGAUAGAUGUUCGUGCUGGAACUAUACCAAGUACAAUCGAAUAUUUAAAUCUUGGUAGUAACAACAUCGAGAGUGGGUCUAUUCCGUCGAGUGUAAAGUACCUUGAAAUCAACCUAGCUAAAACCCCACUCGGAUGUAUCCCUCCUUCUGUCAAGUAUCUUUAUGGGCAUUGUUUCAAACCGGCAACACUCUUGAAAGGGUCAAUUCCUUCAUCCAUCACAGACCUUCAUUUGGAAGGUCCAUUCAGUGAAAACGAUAUUCCAAAUGGAGUAACUCAUAUUAGAUUAGGAUUUAGUCAAGAAUUAGUUCCAGGAUUUAUUCCAGAUAGUUGUGAGUAUUUGGAAUUUCCAUCCAUCUAUAACAAAGCACCACUUUGGAAGGCUGUACCAAAGAAUUUGAAAACUGUCUGUUGUAAUCCAAGUCGUCUCGGUAUAAGCCAAAAUAUUCCACCAUCUAUCAAACAGGUAUUUGUCAAUGAUACUCAUCAAGGAGGUUAUCUUUGGGUAAAAGACUCUGUGUUCAAAGAAGAAGACUGGUAA